AGUUCCAUGCUUCUCUCUUCAAGAAAAUGGAACUGAGCAUUUUGGUGGGAAAAGGAUACUGACAACUGGAACUGAGUCAAUAAUCUCAUAGUGAAUCUUUUCAACCAAGAAUACCAAGUUUACCACUCACUCCAGUAAAGUGUUCAUCACUAAAAGAGACACUAAAAUUAUUGAGAAAUUAUAUAAUCUUCAAACCCGAGGAUACGUUGGCUUCUUAGCAAAAGGAAAUGGAGCUCCAUUAAAAUUAACCCUACUUCUGUAUAAUUUAGCAAUGAGAUAGAAGAGGAAAUAGACACUAUAAUCUAAUUCAAUUAUUUACAAAGACUCUGGACUUUCAGUGGUCUAAAGAUAAAGAUUAUUGAAUUUUCUACAAACAAGAGAGUUAAAGGAAAUUUUUCGACUCACCAACCGUAAAAUGUAGAAUGAGCUUGAAAAUGAUAUUGCUGAGUAUGAAGAGGAAUGAGAAGCAUAAGAAAUUCUUCAGAUUUAACAACAAAGGAUGCUCUCACAAAAAUACAGUGAGGAAUCAAUGCAGCACAUUUUCUUGAAAAUUGAUAUAAUCAAAUAUCCUCUACUUGAACCAGGAAUCAAGACAGAGCAGGACUAG